GCAAUGCAAAGGCAAAGAAGAGAUAUCAAUAACAAAAGUUAAAAUUGUGCAAGUCGCUUACAAAUAAUAUUAGAAUACACCCCUCUUGUAAUUUGUUUAUUUUUAUACAAAUGUAGCCGAAAUUAAAAAUUGAACAGGCACAAUGAAACUGUAUAAGUUAAACACCCACACAAAGGGAUUCAACAAGUCCUAUGAGACGGACUUGGUGAUGAAAGAACAUCCCACGGCUAAAAUAGGCGAUGUAGUGGAGAUUUAUGCCCCAGACGAUGAGAAUGGCAUCCAUUUGCUGUUACAGAUAACCGAAUUCAAUGGCAGUUCUGGACGGGAUGUGAUUAGCAUUGAAUCUGGCAUAGCCAAUGCCUUUAAAAUGCGUCCAUACUCGAAUGUGGUAAUGCGCAUUGUGAAUCCAGCAGAUGUGGCCCUCGACUCCAUAGAGAUAACAUUUAAAGAGCAAUAUAUGGGACGCUCGGAAAUGUGGCGCCUAAAAGCGCAUCUGACAAAUACGUGUGUCUAUGUAAACAAGAAAAUUGACUACAAUGAUCUACAGAUACGAUGUCAGGUCUAUGAAAUGUGGUCCCAGGGUGAACGAGUCGCCAGUGGUGUCAUUACAGAAGAUACAAAAAUUGUAUUUCGCAGUAGCACUUCGAUGGUUUAUCUCUUCCUGCAAAUGUCCUCGGAAAUGUGGGACUUUGAUAUACAUGGGGAUUUGUAUUUUGAGAAGGCUGUCAAUGGUUUUCUAACGGAACUUUUUCAAAAAUGGAAGAAAUUGGGCUGCAAUCAUGAGGUGACAAUCGUUCUUUUCUCCCGGACCUUCUAUGCGGCCAAGAGUUUGGACGAAUUCCCCGAGCAUAUGCGAGAUUGCCUUCAAUUGGAUUAUAAGGGACGUUUCUAUGAGGAUUUCUAUCGUGUGGCCAUACAAAACGAUCGCAAUGAUGACUGGUGUACAGUGCUGGGGCAAUUGAGAAAGCUCUUCACCUCAUAUCAGGAGACUGUAUUGCGUUAUCAUGAAAGGGAAGGCAUGACCAUACCAUUGGCCACGAAUUCAACAGCUACCCAAGGCAAUUUCCUAGAGGUCUUGAAUAUAUCGCUCAAUACAUUUGAGAAGCAUUAUUUGGAUCGUACAUUUGAUCGAACCGGGCAAUUGUCGGUGGUCAUAACACCGGGAGUGGGUGUCUUUUCCGUAGACAGAGAGCUGACCAAUAUCACCAAGCAAAGGAUUAUCGAUAAUGGUGUGGGCAGUGAUUUGGUUUGUGUCGGUGAACAGCCCCUGCAUGCUGUUCCCUUACUAAAAUUCCACAACAAGGACACCACACUUACCUCGGCCGAUGAUUACUCCCUGCCGCAUUGGAUUAAUUUGAGUUUCUAUUCAACAAACAAGAAGAUUGCCUAUUCUAGUUUCAUACCGCGUAUCAAGCUGCCCCUGUUUGUCAGCCAACAGACAUUGAACGAAGGUGAUCACGAUGAUCAGGUGCAGGCUGAGCAUAAUUUUCUAAGUUGCAAUCAAUCGGAAUACAUACAUAACUCUCUGUUCGAUUAUGAUGCCUAUGAUGAGCAAAUCUUUCAACCGCUGCCAGCUCAAAGCACUUGUUCGCUUCAACGUGUUGUGAGAGCCAAAAAAACAUCAGUUCCCAGUUUCGAGACGUAUGCAUUUAGGAAUAAUGAUUGGGAAAAUUUAACACCUACUAAAAUACCAAGUUUGAGACGCAAAAUGUCCGAUCCGGAUAUACAUCAUGGCACCUCUGGCAUACUGGCAGCUUUGACGGAGAACACAAAUCUUUCUGAAUCCUUGGCAUCGGAAAAGAAUUCAAGACGAACUAUCGUUAGCAUAGCCCCCAUUGUACGGCCAGGACGGGCAUUAAUCAAUCCAUUUGAUCCAUCACAUGUGACCAUUAAAUUGACAUCGAAUCGUCGACGUUGGACACACAUCUUUCCCAAAGGGCCGACAGGUGUGCUUAUACAGCAGCAUCAUUAUCAGGCUGUGCCGGCUAAAUCAGCACAAAGGCCACAUCAACAAAUACUACAACAGCAAAGAUCAUUGCAGCAGCAACAGCAACAACAACAGCAGCUGCAACAAAAUAGCAACAAUAAUAACAAUAAUGACAGAGAGGAUUAUAUGGAAUCGACAUCUGAUGAGCAUAAUGAUCAAGUGUCAAAUCAUUCAUUAAUCAGUAGAUCAACAUCAACGCAAAGUUUUGUAUUUGGUGAAGAAAAAUUAGAUUUUUUCAAAAGACGUCAAAACUCACUGAUGAGUGCCAUGCCCGCCAAUGUGCCCAAUCUCACAGCAACUCAGGCCAAAUCAUAUCUCUGGGGAGCCACCGGGGAGCAAGAAUGGACGCCAGCAAUUACCACAGUAUUCCCGAAUCCGGGCAAACAUUUGAAACCGAUUGUUGAAAGCGAACAUAAUUUUGGAAGCGCACCGCUUGAGGCACCCACUGAGAUGGUCGGCAAAGGAAAAAUCAUCAUAGGCGUCGAUUGGAAAUCAUUAACCAUACCCGCCUGUCUGCCCAUAACAACGGACUAUUUCCCGGACAAACGUUCCCUGCACAAUGACUAUGUGAUCUCGGAUUACACAUUGCUGCCGGACGACGUGAAUUUGGAUUAUGCCAAGAGUCGGGCGGUCUAUCGUAAACCUCUAUCCACCGAGGAGGUAUGCAAAGAGAUUGUCUCCCAACGUCUGGCCCAGGGAUUUCAAUUGAUUGUGGUCGAAGAGAAAUCGCCAACGAAUCCCAACGGCGUCGGCAGUGGCAACGGCGGCUGUCCAUCGAGUGGCCCCAACAGCUGCCAGACAACUCCCCAGCCCACUUCGGCGGUGGUGCCAGUGCUGAAGCCGCCAUGUGAAACUAAUAAGGAAUAUCUACUCUCAAUUGGACGAAUAUUUCAUAAAAUCUCGCUAAGUGGAUCGGUUAUCACAGUGACAGGUUAUCGUCCCAGGCAUCCAUAUCCUCCCAUCAAUGUGGAUUAUCGUUAUCGCUUCCAUGCCCCUCAACAUGAUACCUAUGAGAUAUCUGGUGUGAAUUUCACAACCGAAAAGCUAGAGAAUUUCAAUUGGAAUCACAUGGAUUUGUAUAUAUGCACACGUGGCGAUGUUGACUAUCCUUUAAUGGAGAGUCUUAAAUAUUGGCGUUAUCGCAUGUAUUUGUUACCAAAUAUCCCCAACAAAAUGAUCAAUUAUCAGCGUUGUGAUAUCUUUCCCGAUGCAGCUCCGGAUAAUGUACGCGAACAAAUUGAAGAUUUUGUUCGUCUCAUUGAGGGUGUCAGCAAAUUGAAACGUCAAAUAGGACGCAAAGCGCGUGAUAGCCCCACCGUUCACAGCCUAACCAAGCGACGACACAGUACGAGCAUUAUAUCCAGGCCACAGCCUAAUCAGGGAUUGACAAAUUCACCAUUUCGUGAGCGUGUCGGCAGUAAUCGCCUGCCGGAAAAACGACCCAGCAUUAAUGCUCGACCUAAAUUGGAUGCAGGACGUCUUUCAAGGAUAUUGCCAGUUGCAGAUGCUGGUGCUGCUUCCGCUACUGCCAGUCGAGACGAUCAAGAUGAUGGUUUUCCUGUGGAUAUUAAAUUCCCAGCAAAUGCCACAUUGGGUGAAAUAUUUGAGGCCAUGAAACAUCCAGUGACGGGUGUGGGUUAUUUUCUACAAACGCCAUCCUUGCCCUCAUGUACUUUCAUAUCAUAUGAUGCUUUGAUGUGGCUAAAGGCACGACUUGAUAAUGGCCGCAAUCCUUUAGAUUUACUGGAGGCCAUGCGCAAGGAACGCAUGAUUUGUCAUGCAUCGGGUGAUGGUAAUCAGCCAGUGAUACCAGGAUUUGUUUUCUACUAUGUGGUGCAGCAGGAUAAGAAUGCCAAAGAAUAUAUGCCUCCGUUGAAUGAUUAUAGUGCCUUUGUGAAUGAAUGGCUAGAGAUUGAGUUUCAGGGUUGCAGUUAUCUCUGGCACGAUGAGGCUGUAACCAGUCAUGUGCCCAAUUUCUUAAGAGACACACCCGCCCCUCAGUCAUGGACAGCGUCUAGCAAAAAUAAGCGUGUUUAUCGUGAAUCGCAUUUAGAAAUUGAUGUCACGCGAAUGGAGUGGGGACAUGUAAAGCAUCACAGUGUUUUACAGCCGGGAUUUGCUUUUGAAAUAGUUGUCGAAUGGGUGACAUCAUCCGGGCCCAUAGUAUCCGAAAUGAUUGGUGGUUGGUCACGCAAAGCCAUACAUUGUGGCUAUCAAUUGGUAUCCGUGCCGGCUGAUCCCAUGGCUGAGCCAUUUACCAAGAAAUCGGAUCCAUUAAGAGGACCCAUAUUCAUUCCAUUGUGUGUAACCUUUUUGCCAGAUGGUGCUGGUCUUUUUGAUGAAUUUCCUGAGGAAUCGCGAUCAGAUCGUAUGUUAUUUCUACAAGAAUCCAUUUUAUCCAAAUUUGGAUUCUUACCUUGCGUUUUGGAAAAGAAAUUUUCAUUGAACAAGGAUCAGUUGCCCAAGGAAUAUCAAUAUAUUCAUUUUACUGGCAAUAUGUUUGCUCUAAUACGAUGUGCCUCCAAUAACUAUCAAGUGGAAUCACCCACUCUGCAGGAGGCAAAUGUCACACGUUGUGUGUACGGGCAUACAAACAAUACAAAUGUACCAAAAAAAGUUGGAUUCCUGUGGGCCUGGAAUCAUAUGAUACCCAACAAAAAGUGGAAAGCCCAAAUUAUAAAUAAUUCCGCUGAUGGUGAACUUUUACAAUUGAAAAUGUUGAAAGAUUUUCGUGAGUUUUGUUCGAAUAGCGAUCAACGUUUGUCUCAGUUUUGGGCCCAUUGUCAGGAGUUGAAACGUAAAUCAGUUAAAUUCGAAUACAAUAAUAAUAAUAAUAAUAACAACGAUGAUGUUAGAUCAAAGUGAUAAUCAAUGGAAAAUACAAAAUAGGUAAAUACCUAAAAUAGAUAUAUAUUAACACAUUCACGUAGAUAAAUAAAGUCUAAAACAAUUGAA